UUCCUCUGAACUGCAGCUGCUCUGGCUAUGCGUGGUACUGCUUCAGUCAGGAAAGGGAGUUGUAUACAGAGAUGCUGGACUGGAGGCUGCAGUGACCGAAGGACUCGUUGCAGUAUUUCGAUGAUAUUUGUGAAGAUGCAAACAGACGUUGAGAGGAAAAUAUAGCCACAGUGAGCAAGGCACAAGGAAAAGCCUUUUCACCUGGCUGCCUUUGAAGAAGUACUGAGACUCCUAUGGCCUCUAAAGAUUCACAGAAUCAAAAUCCUAGAUGCCUGCCUGGUUUUCUUCCUGGAGCUACAAACCCAGAUCAAACCUCUCGAGCAGCUUCUUCCAAUCCCAGGAAACAAGCAAGGCAGCAGCCGGAUGUCCCUCGGCCAAGCAGUUUCCUGCCAACAGGCAGUCUCCCUCCUGGUCUAGAAUAUUUAAGCCAGCUGGACCUGAUAAUCAUCCAUCAGCAGGUGGAACUUCUCGGGAUGAUACUCGGCACUGAGACCUCCAACAAAUAUGAGAUCAAAAACAGCUUGGGACAAAGAAUUUACUUUGCAGUCGAAGAAAGCAUCUGUUUUAACCGUAACGUGUGUUCCACCCUGCGAGCCUGCACCCUGAGGAUCACAGACAACUCGGGUCGAGAGGUGAUUACAGUGAGCAGGCCCCUAAGGUGUAACAGCUGCUGGUGCCCUUGCUACCUACAAGAGCUAGAAAUCCAAACCCCUCCUGGAACCAUAGCCGGUUAUGUUGCACAGAAGUGGGACCCCUUUCAACCCAAAUUCACAAUCCAAAAUGCAAACAAAGAAGAUAUUUUGAAAAUUGUUGGUCCUUGUGCAACCUGUGGGUGUUUUGGUGAUGUGGACUUUGAGGUGAAAACUGUUGAUGAAAAGCUUACUAUUGGGAAGAUUUCCAAGUACUGGUCUGGAUUUGUCAAUGAUGUGUUCACAAAUGCCGACAACUUUGGGAUCCAUGUUCCUGCAGACCUGGAUGUGACUCUCAAAGCAGCAAUGAUUGGUGCUUGCUUUCUCUUUGAUAUUAUGUUCUUUGAACAUUCACUUGCCGGAUUAUAACAAGCAUGAUGACGGACACAAUAAAAUAUGCAGAACACAUUUCUAUGUCCCUUGGGCUCUGAAUUUCAUUUCUGAAUGGCUUGAGCAUUUGAUUUUUUUAUAACUAAACGUUAAUUAUUAUUAUAUUUAUUAAAACACAGUCUAAUGAGACAAUUACCUGGUUGUGAAUGCAUGAUGGUUAAAUACGCAAUUACUAGUGUGAAUAUAGGUUACUUUGAGAGAUUACCAUUCUUUUUUUAUCCUUUUGAAGUCACUGCAAUGGUAAGCAUGAAAGAUGAGAGCGAAGGCUUGCAGCAUUACUGAUGGGAAUUCAAUGUUUAGAGAACACUUUGAAGUGCUUCUGGUACUACGGGUGGUUACUAAUCAAAAGGCUUGAAUUUCUAAACUAUCUUUUCAAAAGUAGUUCCUUUUGACUUUUUAAAUUUUAUUUCUUUUUAAAUUUUUCUUAUGUAGUCUUAAUGAAUUAAAAUAGAAGCAUUAUUUUAUAAGACACUUUUCACAUUCUUUGAGAAAGUAUCUCAUAUUUCCCAGACUAUGUUAAUUUUCUUAUUGUAGUAAACACAUUUUAUCUAUAUUGGGAAAAUUGGAGAUUGAGUAAAUAAUACGUUUAAAGAUCUAAAGGAAGAUAGAUAGCUUCCAUUUGUUCAAGUAGCAGAAGCGCAAUUAUAUUCCGUAAGACAAUUAACUAAAGCACUGAGCAGAUUCAUGCCCGAGAUUUAAGUAGCCAUAUAGAUAGACUCUAAAUUAGUGAAAUCAGUCUUAUCUACCAGGACUUUAUCUAACUGCCAUGAAGUUUCUGCCAGUUAAUGGAUCUGAGACUUCAAGAUGAAAAAUGGACCAGUCUGGAUUUGAAAACAAACAAAACUAAAAAUGUCAGACUUGAAUCCAGGCAGCAGAGCAGAAGUGAGAGAGCAUAGUAAAUGAAAACGAUGCAGAAUGAACACCGUGCCUCAAAGUACUCCUGUUUCCUUCACCCACUUUUCCAUGUGCCUGCCAAGCUGGGCGUCCACCUCGGCCAGACUCCACCUCCUGAACAUCCCCAAGAAUGGUACUGAGGAAUAAAUGUUCACAUACAUGAGACCAUGGGGGAUAAUCUCAUCCAAACCACUACUUGAAUUCAAGGUCAUACUGGGAUGCAAAAUCAUGUCCCAUCUCAACCUCAUUCCCUCCGAAACUAAAAACAAAAGAAUUUUCUUUUUUUUUUUUUUUUUUUAAAGAAUAGGGGCUAUUUUUAUAAUGUUUCAAAUUUUCAGACUUUUUUUUUACAUAAGCAAAGAUUGUUUACAUCACAAGAUGUACUUUAGUUUUUGCUAUGUGUAAUUGUCCAGAUCAUUACCAAUUUUUUUACUUUCCAUUGGAAUCUGAGUGUUAUAGCUAUUGAUAAUACUAAGCCCAGUCAACUUCCACUCCAGCCUCUUUACUCUGAUUUCUAGAAGUAUAAAGACAUAAAAGUUACGAAUCUGUUUUCAUAGUCACUAGCCAGGGAACUGCAAGAAAUCUAUCUUUUGCUAAGACGACCCAAUGUUAUUAAGGAGAGGUAUCAGUGAGCAAUGGGGCACUUGGACAGAGAGAGAGAGAGACAGAGAGAGAGAGAGAGAGAGAGAGAGAGAGAGAGAGAGAGAGAGAGAGAGAGAGAAUUAGCCAAACAGAGACAGAGAAAGAGAGACAGAGAGAGAUUGUACUGAAGCUGGGGAACAGUAACUGAUGUUCAGUAAUUUUAUGAAAGACAUCUCACAUUGUCUUGCCUAUGUACAUACUUUUGCAAAAACCAACCUUUCAAUAAACUUAAUGCUGCUUUUAAUUGUUACCCAUUGGAAUGAUGAGUUAUCAAUCAGUUCUCUACAAGAAGGGCAAGAGUUUUGUAUUUCUAGACCUAGGAAGAAAUGUAACUCAGGACAAAUAAACAGACAUAAAUGGAGCUGUUAAUUUGAACAUAGAAGAAAAGAAGUCAACAAGAGAUGAGAACGUGUAGGAAAGAGAAAACUUGCCAUUUGGAAAAGAGUCAAACAUGCUGGGCAAGUUUAAUAAACACAGGAAGACUGUGACUAGAGUGUAAUAAUCAAGAGGGGCACAACUCCGACAGAUUAACAGAGUAUUUAUUCUUUGUGACCCAUAAAACCUUGUAACAAAAAAAAAAAAAAAAAAAAAAAAAAAAAACUGAAACCUUCCCAUAAACCACCAAUAUUUCCUUAUUAAUGAGAUGUUUUAACUGGUGCAGUGAUAUGUGCGUAUAAUCUUGGUACUUAGGAAACAGGGGAAUGCAAAGUUUGGGGCCAGUGUAUUAACAGGAAACUCAAGAUGAGACACGUCAAUCACCAAGACAGUGACCAUAAUAGGGAGAUGCAAUCACACAAAACUAAAGGUGGGGGUAUAGUAAGGUGAAAGAGCACUCCUCCAGCUCAGGCAGGGAUCUGGGCAUGAUCAGAAUAUUUCUAGAAAAUCUGGAAAACCAAGGGGACAGUUGGGACCACAUAAUACCUCACUAAAAUUCUGACUCACUUGAGCCUUAGUUAGGACACAUACAUAUGUUUAUAUUUAUAAUUUUUACUACCAAAAUUCGAAACCUUGAAUCCUUUUAUAAAUUGAAAGAAUUAUUAUUUUUAUUUACUUUAUUACUUUAUAUGCACUGGCAUUUUUCCAAUGUGUAUAGCUUUGCAUCACUUGAGUGCCUAGUGCCCACGAAGAUCAGAAGAGAGUGUCAGAUUCCCUGGAAUUGCAGCCACAUACUGUUGUGAGUUGCCAUAUGGGUGCUUGGAGGUGAAUUCAGUCAGGUCCUCUGGAAGAGUUGCUAGUGCUGUUAACCUC